AUGUCCACUAGUGAUGGCAUAAUGUCAUCAUCAUCAUCUUCCACUCCUAACAACAAUCUUUCCCUCAUCACCACAAACAACAUCAACCCCAACAACAAUACCAUCCCUAGUACCAUUUCCAAUAAUAACAAUACCAUCAAUGCAUCUUCUUCUUCAUCUCCACUGCAAUUCUCUCCUUCCAAUGCUUCAUCUUCAUAUUUCCCGCGCACUCAUUCUCAAACUCUUCUUGAACAACAGCAAGAACAAUCAUUAAAAAGAAUACAAACGAGUGGUGUUGCUGCUACCGGGCAAGGAAAUAGUAGAAAUUCUUUAGAGGGUGGUGUGUUUGCCAAGACUACGAGCAAUAGCAGUAGUAAUAGUCUGAGUGAGCAGAGUACUAUUGGAAGUUUGAGUACGAGUGGUAGUUGUUAUGGAGGAAGACAAUCAUUGGAAGGAAUUCAAUAUCAACAAACAAUUAUGAAUAAUAAUAGUAAUAACAUGAAUAAUAGUGUAAAUAAUAAUAGCAAUAAUAAUAAUAUGAAUAUGAAUAAUAAUUCUAGUGUGGAAGGAGAGAGAAGGUCCAUCACUCUCAAAAGGCAAAAUAGUAAUAAUAAUAAUAACAAGGAUGAUGAAAAUAUAUCAAAUUCAAUUUCAUUGGAUAGGAUUGUUGAUAAUGAUACUCAUCAUGGUCAUCAUCAUCAUGUAGAUUUUCAUAUUGAUGAUGAUACACAUCAUCAUUUUGAAAAUCCCUUGCUCAUGAUGAGUAAGAUGAAUUCAAUGCCGAGUAUUGAGAGCAAUCUUUCGAGGGUAGCUUCAUCAGUACCUCUCAAUGCUGGAUAUCAUUCCGACAUCGAUUCUGUGGAGGAACCACACAAAACAAGCCAUCCUGCUCAAUUCUUUGAUCAACAAUGUUUUAUGGAAUGGAAGAGUAUCACCUUUCCGAUGGGAUCUCCAAAGCCAAUUUUGAAGAAUAUUAAUGGCUUUGUUGCUCCAGGUAAAUUGACUGCAAUUUUAGGACCUAUGGGAAGUGGAAAAUCGACACUACUGAGAAUUUUAUCUGGACGAGGAGCUAGGAUUUAUAGUGGAGAUAUUUAUAUUAAUGGACAACUUGCAAUGAAUAGUGAGAAACAGUUCAUUCGUAUUGACUCUGGUCGAUUCAAAUCCCUAGUUUCCUUUGUGGCUAAAGAUUUUACACCUUCUAACAUGUCUCUAACUGUUAAGGAAAUUUUACAAUUUGCUGUGAGACUGAAAUUGCCAUCCAAAUCUCAAAAUCCACUUUGGACAACAAGAGACGAUCGUCUGGCAUUACUAUUAUCGAGUUAUGGAUUGAGAGGUAAGGAACAUAGUCUUUAUUCUUCUCUCUCCUCUGGAGAAAAGAGAAGACUUACUAUUGCCGUGCAGAAUGUUCUCUUCCAUAGAAUUGUCUUGUUGGAAUAUCCUACAGAGUUUAUGGAAUUUGGUGAAUCAUUCCUAUUAUUGAAAAGAAUGAAAAAAUUGGCUGAUUUGGGAGUUUCUAUUGUUGUAUGUUUGCACAAACCUUCAGUGCAAGAGAUUGAAAUUUUUGAUUACGUAUCAAUUUUGAAUAAGGGAAGACAAUUAUAUUUUGGUAGACCUACAGAGAUUGUCACCUAUUUUAAUACAAUUGGAGUGAGAUUUCCUCAUGAUAGACAAAACACAAUAGCAGCUGUUUUGGAGCUAUUGCUGCUGAGUGACAUGUACAAUUCGAACAAUGAGGAUGAUAAAAAGUAUGCAAUCAGACACAUGACCGAAACCGAGCUAAAGAGGGUCGACACUCUCGAUAAGGAGUAUGAAGAAAAGCUGGAUGAAUAUUACAUCCCUCAAAAACAUAGGGAAGAAUUGCCAUACUUACAAAAUACCAUAGAAUCCAUUCAAACAGAAAAGUACUAUUCGAACUAUUGGUUUUCAAUACUGAUUCUGUUACAAAGAAUUUACACUGUCAAGUUUAGAAAUUGGAAGACUGAAAUAUUGUCACCAUUAUUGGAAAAGGUUAUUAUUUCAGUAGUAAUUGGAAUUCUCUUCCUUCAAAUCGAUCCAACUAAUAUGAGUAUGAAGGGUAAAAUAUUCUCCUUCUUGAAUUUGAAUAUUUCGCUCACUUUUGGUCUUGGAUUGAAAACACUUGUUGGACAAAUACCCAACCUAAUGCAGGAACGAAAUUCGACCAGCUAUCGGGUUAGUGCAUUUUUUAUUGCAAAAUCUAUUGAGGAUACUAUUGAUUUUACCGUUUAUCCAACAGUAUUUGGAAUUAUAGUUUAUUUCAUGUGUGGAUUGGACUAUGAUCCAGGAAGAGUUUUCAGUUUCAUCCUGAUUUUUGCUCUGUUCAAUUUGACUUCAAUGAGUGUUGCUCAAGCUCUCGUCUCUCUAAUUCCUGUCCCUUCAUUCUUGAACUUUAUUUCACCUGUAAUCAGUUUGGUAUUUAUUCUCCUCUCUUCUGCUUAUGGUAUUACUAAGACUGAUUAUAUAACUUGGAUGGGAUACUUCUCGUACCUGUAUUACGCUUUCAGAGCAUUGGCAAUCAAUGAAUUCAAAGGAGAUAUCAUUGACAUUCCACCAAAUCAGAAUGGAACAAUUAUCAUUCCAUCAGGUCAAUACACCAAUGGCACUCUCUUCUUGGAAAAGGCAUAUGGAAUUACUGAACCAUACUACAUGAUGUGGAUUUAUACAGCCAUUCUCUUCUUGUACUUUAUUUUUUGUAAGAUAUUGGCAUAUAUUGGAUUGAGAUUUGUCUAUGGAAAGAAAUCACCCAAGAGAACAUUGAAGAAUAUUCUCUCCCAUUUCAAGACUUGUUGUAAAAAAUAA